AUGUUCAACCAGCCACUGGCACCAGGUGUCUUGCCCAUCUCGUUGUUAUAUCUUCACUUUGGACGAGGCCACAUUGUCAGCUGCAAAUUCGACCAGCCAUUCCAGGUGGGAUCUCUCCCUGACCACCUGAUCGAGCUACAUCUCAGCUAUAUAUAUGAUCAACCAUUUGCACAUGGAGUACUACCUCAAUCACUUAGAACAUUAUACUUUGGAGACUAUUACCGAAAGACCUUGUCACCAGGUUUGUUGCCUGGCUCUCUGACCUCCCUCACUCUAGGCUCAUACCUUCGUAGUGAUGUUGCACCAGGUACACUACCUCAAUCACUUAGGACAUUGGAGAUAUGUUUGAAACCAGAUAUCUUAAUUAGUGGAAUACUACCAUCAUCAAUCACUGAACUGUACUUGGAAAGCAAUAAUAUUGAUGCGAUCAAACCUGGACAACUCCCAUUGUCGAUCACCAAAUUGAGUCUUGGACACCAAUACAAUCAUCCAUUGUCCGCUGGGGUGUUGGGGCCCUCACUCACAUGGCUCAGCAUUGGCAAAGAGUUCAAUCAGACCAAGAGGAUCAACAAGGUGAUACCAAAAUCAGUCAAACAUCUGGAGCUACACUCGCUUGGACAGAAGGCACUGUUGGAUGGUACGCAGGUGGAGGAGUUGGUGAUCAGAGGAUCGGUCAGUGCCAACUACGCAGUGACAACGUGUCGUGCUGUCCUGAGGUCAUUGAAGAUGAAAGCCAACAUUCCCCAUACAAACACAAACAAUGUACGCAAUCGACAAUUGCAGUUUGUCGCGUCAUUGAUCACGACCAUACCCAAUGUGACAGAGUACCAAGUCGAGAUGAAGUAUGCCAAGUCACCGCGAACCGGUAGGAUCAAUACCGAGGAAAGGACGAUCACUGUACAGGUUCGAAUGAAUGAUGAUAUACAUGGCGUAUGUCUUGUGAGGAAGCAUCCCAGCCAACUCGAAUCCAUGGAACAGGAGAAGUUAUACUUCCACACGCUGACAUUUCGAUUGGAUCACAGCAAAGUGAACACGAAGAGCUCAAAGAAGACAACGGCCAAGAAGACAAAGUUAGGUGAAUAA